UCAAAACGUUGUUGGAUCCGCAGAGACGUCGUCGAAUGAGACGAUGGUGAUGAAGAUAUCCGCAAGCGAAGCUGGCGUUCCUCUAUUAGGCGCCGUCGGUCCGCGCUACGUCGUCAAACAAGCGACGGUGAAGCGCUGUGUCCUGGCGUUGUUGCUCGUCUCCAUCGCCAGUAUAUUCUACUACACUUACUACAUCGUCAGCAGUGGGCCGCUAUCCAGUUUAAUACACCGAGAUACGAGGCCAGAACCAGCGAUACGAUGUUCGACUCUGAGAGGAGCGACCAGACUACCGUCAGCACCAGACCAUCGCAGUGAAGCUCGAUUAAGGAUAGACCCAAAGGUGUUGGUCUUCGUAGAAACACUGUACUCGAGGCUAGGCCGAGAGAUAGCUGAGCUGCUAGUUUAUAAUCGAAUAAAGUACAAAGUGGAGGUGGCCGGUAAGUCUUUACCGGUAUUGACAAACCUCGACAAGGGUCGGUACGGGGUGCUGAUUUUCGAGAAUCUAAACAAGUACCUGCAGAUGGACAAAUGGAAUCGUGAGCUACUCGACAAAUAUUGCAGGGAAUAUUCAGUUGGCAUCGUGGGUUUUGCUCCUCCAGGAGAAGAGAGUCUCGUUGGUGCUCAGCUGAAGGGCUUUCCACUUUUUAUACAUACUAAUCUUAGAUUGAAGGAUGCUCAGCUGAAUGCGGCGUCUCCCAUUCUUCGAUUAACCAGAUCGGGAGAAACGGCCUGGGGACCACUUCCUGGCGGCGACUGGACUAUUUUUCAGGCCAAUCACAGCACCUACGAGCCACUCGCUUGGGCGUAUCGAGACAGCCUCGACUAUCCGGCCAACAAAAGUCCCCUAGCUACCGUCAUCCAGGAUCAUGGCAGAUAUGACGGAAUUCAAAGAGUUCUCUUCGGUGGUGGCCUACGGUUUUGGUUGCACAAAUUACUGCUGCUGGACUCGUUAUCCUACUUAUCACAUGGGCAAUUGAGUCUCAGUUUAAAUCGUAUGAUCCUGGUGGACGUUGACGAUAUAUUCGUCGGCGAGAAAGGCACCAGACUGAGGAAAGAUGACGUAAUGGCGUUGUUAGCCACUCAGCAGAGAAUUCAAGCUCUGGUGCCGGGGUUCAAAUUUAAUUUGGGGUUUUCCGGGAAAUAUUUUCAUCACGGGACAGCGGAGGAGAAUUUGGGGGACGACAUGCUUUUGGAGAACGUAGACAGAUUUACGUGGUUUUCCCACAUGUGGAAUCAUCAACAACCGCAUCUUUACGAGAAUGUAACUCAUCUACAAUUGGACAUGGCACUGAACAAGCAAUUCGCAAAGGAUCACGGUAUACCGACCGGAAGCGGAUACAGCGUAAGUCCACAUCACUCCGGCGUUUACCCGGUCCACGAAGGCCUCUAUGAAGCAUGGAAGCGAGUAUGGAACAUCAAGGUCACGAGUACCGAAGAAUAUCCGCACCUGAGGCCGGCUCGUUUGAGACGCGGUUUUAUUCAUCGUAAUAUAAUGGUUUUACCGAGGCAGACCUGUGGUCUUUUUACUCACACAAUUUUUAUCGAGAGGUAUCCAGGUGGAAGGGAAAAGCUGGACGAGUCAAUACAGGGCGGGGAACUUUUCCAAACGAUCGUAUAUAAUCCAAUAAAUAUUUUUAUGACGCAUAUGUCGAAUUAUGGAAACGAUCGGCUGGCGUUGUACACUUUCGAAUCAGUUAUAAAAUUCAUUCAGUGUUGGACGAAUUUAAGGCUAUCUAGUGCACCAUCACUUCAGCUUGGAGAACGUUAUUUUCAAUUAUAUCCCGAGGAAGCCGAUCCAGUGUGGGGAAAUCCAUGCGAUGAUCAGAGGCAUCAGAAGAUCUGGUCUCGUAAUAAAACUUGCGAUCAGUUACCACGAUUUCUAGUAAUCGGACCUCAAAAGACUGGUACUACGGCAUUGUAUACAUUCCUGUCCAUUCAUCCAGCAAUAAGCAGCAAUUUACCAAGCCCCGAUACGUUUGAAGAGAUACAGUUUUUCAAUGGAAAAAAUUAUUACAAAGGUCUUGAUUGGUACAUGAGCUUCUUUCCAGCAUCAAAAAAUGAGAGUUCUCGAUAUCUCUUUGAAAAAUCUGCUACUUAUUUUGACGGAGAAUUAGUACCGCGUAGAGCCCAUGCGCUUUUGCCAAGAGCUAAGCUAAUCACUAUAUUGCUCUCUCCAGCUAGACGUGCUUAUUCAUGGUACCAGCAUACCAGAGUACACGGAGAUCCGGUAGCGAACAAUUACUCCUUCCAUGCGGUCAUCACAGCGAGUGAUUCUGCUCCGAAACCUCUACGGGAUCUUAGAAAUAGGUGUUUAAAUCCUGGAAAGUACGCCCAACAUUUAGAAAGAUGGUUAUCGUUCUAUUUACCACAACAAUUACACAUUAUCGAUGGUGAACAAUUACGACAAAACCCUGUGGAAACGCUGCACGAGUUGCAACGAUUUCUAAAAAUAACGCCCGCCUUCAAUUAUUCCUCACAUUUGAGGUACGAUCCGAAAAAGGGUUUCUUCUGUCAAGUAACUAACGAAGAUCGUACUAAAUGUCUCGGUAAAAGUAAAGGUCGCCAGUACCCACCAAUGGAAGACAGAUCGUACAAAUUAUUACAGAGAUAUUAUUUGUCCCACAACACGGCUCUAGUGAAAUUAUUAAAGCGACUUGGGUCCAGAACGAUUCCGCAAUGGCUGAAGGAGGACCUUACCGAUACUGUGAUGACCUAGCAAACGCCAAUCACAUGAAACUUUAAUGUUACUCGGCUGCUAGCUUCUGCUGUCAGCGAGAUACAUCGCUUGCUAAUGGAAGAUUUGUAAAAUAAUUGUACAUUCAAAACUCCACUGGAUUUCACAUCUUUAAAGGAAGGACCAUGCUGGCCUAUUUCAGUGGACUGGCCUAAUGUAAUUGAAGACCCUACAAAAGCUAGUCAUAUAAGCGAUUUUACGA